AUGGCGUACUAUAUUGAAGAAGAAGUAUGGAAAUGUCCAAAACACCCUUCGAAGAAACGCAGACCUGGCGUAUGUUCAAUUUGCCUCCGCAAUCGACUUUCCAAACUUUGCCCUCACUGCGCUAACGUGCGCCCUUGUUCAUGCAGAAGCAGCGGCGUAGGAUGCGACAGCGAGCCGGCGUUGUGUAGAUCAAAAUCCGUUGGAAUUCCAUUCGUUAAAUCGCGAGAUAGUAAUACCAGCGACCGGAGAAACCCGCCGGCGAGUGAGAAGAGUACUAAAACAGCGUCGUUUUGGUGGAUUUUUAAGUCCAGGAAAAGAACUGGAGAAACGGAGGGGAAAGAGAACGAAUUAGAAUUGAAAGAAAAAAGUAGUGCUGAAAAUAAGCACUACUACAAUACUACGAGGAUUAAGGAAUUAUCGAGGAUGAUGAUGAUGAGAUCGAGAUCGGCGAAUGUAGAUAUGACGUCAGUCUCCGGUGGAAAUGAUGUCAUGUCGCCGGGGAGGUUGAAAGGAUGGUAUUUGCUAAGUCCGAUGAAGGUUUUCCGGCAGUCGAAGUUUGUACAGAGGUAG